GCCCCUUAUACUCGUGUCCUCUGAACAGGGGGACCGCUAAGAAAUCUUCCACUGUGAUCUGUGCCCUGUGGUCUCUGUAAGCGCGCCGCGUCACUUGUCCCCUGCAUCUUCCGGUUUUCUCCUUUCAACCGGGCCGGCGGAGGAAGCUCCCGACUGCGACUCCGAGUUCGAAAUUUAGCACUUAGUGCUCGCCGUCUGCCUCUUGGUCAUUUGGCCGGCUAUACAAUGGCUUUCUGCGAGUGUGGCCGUCGUUCUUCAUGAUUCGGCGGACGAAAUGGAAAAGAAAUUUGAUUUAAUCUUCUUGCUUUGAACAUUGAUUUUUUCUAGGGUUUGGGUUCUUAUAGAUACGAAAGUCCAGUGCUUGGCAUCAUGAGAGCCCGAUUGGUUGUGUUUCCUGUCAGAGGAAGGAAUUGGUGCUUUAGCAGAUCCAUUGACCCUUCAGUUUCGGAGUCCGAGUCCGUUUGCACGCCCUCAACAUUGAAAGACCUCUGGAAGAAGAUCUCCUCCGAUCACAAGCCCAUCACCGCUAACGCUCAACUCAUUGUUGAUUUCGCCGCUAAUAAGAUGAACCGAGCUUGGAUUAAUCUCGAAAAGGCGCCUGAUGGAAGCUUCAAAAAUAAGAUUCAUGGAUUGGGAUUGCGUCUCCUGGCUCGUGUUAAGCCUGCGGAGAUUUUUUUGAAAUCCAUUUCUAAAGAAGUCUCAAAUGUUGAAAUUACAUAUCCCUCAAGCUUAAAUGCACGACUUGUACGCCGAAGGCUAAGACAUGUUGCAAUAAGGGGAACUAUUAUUCACAAGAAGUACUUCUAUGGUGCAGUUUCAUUGCUUCCACUGACAAGUGCAUUCACUGUCCUUCCUCUGCCUAAUGUCCCAUUCUUUUGGGUUUUAUUCCGCACCUAUUCUCACUGGCAAGCUCUCAAGGGAAGUGAAAGGCUUCUUCAGCUUGUCUCAGAUGGCUCACAGGAACAGAAGUCUUCUUCUGAGGACCCUCAGGAGGCACAUGGGAUUGGAGUUGCAGAUAAAAAUGUUUGGCCUGGAAAUGGAAGUUCUUCUAAACAUUCUUCUGAUUAUCCAUGGGUCUUGCGGCCUUCAAAGGAGCUGGAUAAACUUCUUCGGGAUGGAGAUGCUGAUGAUGCUGUAGAUAAGCGUGCUAUCUUGGAAAUCUGCAAGACCUUUGAUUUGGACAUGAAGGAUGUCUUGAAAUUUCGGAAUUCAACAUAGUUCAAAGUUGUGCAUAUUGUCAUAUGGUGCAGGACAUAGCAAGGUUUCAGCCUGAAGGAGAGGAAAUGCCAUUGCAUUUAUUUGGAGAAUCGUCUCGUACAAUGACCCUGAAAAUGAGCCCAUGGGUGGAUGAUUCCAAGCUCUAUCGGGUUGUCCCUCGCUGUCUAGACAUUUUUUUUUUUUUUUUUCAGAAAGGAUGUUGAACAUAGUCAUUUAUUGAUUGAUUCAAACUCUGGAAAAUUUUGUUGAUUUGAUAAAUCAUGAUUGAUUAACAUGUACGUGCAACCCGAAUUUGAUGAAAAGAUUUCUUAUAUAUAUUUUUGUUGCUAUCA